AUGGCGGACGGAGUGGAAAUAUUUUCGUCUGCAGAGAAGGGAAGAGGCCUGUGUGCCACCAAAGUCUUCAAACCGGGAAACUUGGUGCGAGCAGCUGAACCCUACGCCUAUGUCCUCUGUAACACCGAGAGAGGGAAGCGCUGCGACUUUUGCUUUACAAGAAAAGAUGACCUGUCCAGAUGCUCUGGCUGUAAGUUUGCCAGAUACUGUGAUGGCAAAUGUCAGAAAGCAGCCUGGCAGGAACACAAGGCUGAGUGUAAAUCCAUCAAGACAGUCAAGCCAGAGACACCAACAGACAGUAUCAGGCUCAUCGCCCGUAUCAUCAACAAAACGAAAACAGAAGGUCCUGGUGAGCCAGGAAACUCCAUUGAUGAGUUGCAGUCAAAUCUGCGAGAGAUGCCUGAGAAUGUGAAGGAGAUGUUUGCCCAGUUGGCCGUGGUGCUGAGGAUGUAUGUGGGGAAGGAUGUCAUGGACGAUGCAAGGGAGAUCUUUGAGCUGUUUGGCAGGAUGACGUGCAACACUUUCUCUAUCUGUGACCCUGAGAUGCAGUACAUUGGCAUUGGGAUAUAUCCAAAAAUGUCUCUGUUCAACCACUCCUGUGCCCCCAACUGUGUGGCUGUGUUUAAUGGUCUGAGAAUGGAGGUACGAGCCAUCGAGAAUAUACAGCCAGGAGAAGAGCUUCUGAUCAGCUAUGUGGAGAUGCUGGCCAUGUCCAAUGUGCGGAAACAGCAGCUCCUCCAGCAGUACUACUUCACCUGCAAGUGUCCCAGCUGUCAGGACCAGACUAAGGAUGGAAUGAUGAUGGCUGUCAAGUGUGGGAAUAUCAACUGCAAGAAAGUUAUCAUCCAAGUUGAUGGUGCUUAUGAGACAUGUAAGUGCUGUGGACAUGACAAUGAGAAGGACCCAAAGUUCUGGAAUGAAGUGAACAAAGUCACCCAGUUUUCUGAGGAGAUGCUGGCUGCCAUCACAAGUGCAGACCAGAGACAAGAACCCAAGGAAGGUCUGAGGUUAGCGGAGAGACUGUUGGAGAGACAGCAGCAGGUGUUACACAACAACCACCUGUUUGUGCUGAAGUGUCUGGAUAAGGCCCUGGACCAGGCCGUGUACCUGCGCAAGUGGAACAGAGCGCUCAGAUGUGCACUACAGACCAUCGAACCAUACAAGGUACACUUUCCAGCCUACCACCCCAGUCUGGGGAUCCAGUACAUGAGGAUCGGCAAACUGCUGUUGUACUUGGAGAAAAGACUGGCUGCUCUGGAGGCACUACAGAUGUCUGAACACAUCCUGAAUGUGACCCAUGGCAAGGGCCACCCCCUAAACAAGGAGCUGGGAGACCUGCUGACACAGUGUAUGGAUGAGAUGAGAAUGUACCAGGCACAGGGCAAGAAGUGAGGCAGGCUGUCACAGGGACACACCACUUACAGAGUACCAAACAUGGGGAGAGGCUCAACCAUUAGCACAUACAUGUAUUGCCAUUCAUGAUGGUAUAUUUAGAUGCUACAAUGUAAUACAGUUUUGUAUGGAUGCUGUAUUUUUGGCUUAUUGAAAAUGAAUCAGUUUGUGCCAUAUCAGGGCUGUUCUCAUGUGAAAAUUUUUGUCCAUCCCACCCAUUGUUUAUUUGGAGUCACACUGGCAAACCUGGUUUGGGGGUCCUGGGGCAUGUAACACAAGAAAUGAAGUAAGUUUUCAUAUAUAUUCAAAAUAUAUGAAAAUGAUUUUUCUGGAUGGAUGGGGAAAAUUUGGAGAGACAGGUCCUGGAGACAGCUCAGUGCCAUAUACAUCAGCAUCUCAUAAAAUAUUUCUGUAGAUGCCUUUUUGUAUUUAUAAUGUGCCAUUUAGGUAUGUUAGAUGUUUAAGGUUUGUAAAGUGACUUGUUAUGAUCUAUUUAUCACACAUGUAAUAAAGAACAAUGCAGUAGUGAGCAAGAAGUUUUAUAAGGGAUGAAAACAUUGUGUAAUUGCUACACAAGUUGGGGGUGAAUGUAAACAUGGUUUUCCAAAAGAACUAGUCGAGGGGUAACUUUUAAUGGUGAAGCCAAGAUUCACUUGAAGUAAGUUUACAGAAGUGCGAUCAUGUAUAAGUAUGAUACUGUAAAAUACAACUGUAAAUGUCAGUAUUAAUACUGUGAUAUUCUUUUUGUAUUCUGCUAUAAGUAUAAAGACAGAAACGGUUAUGUGCAAAUGAGAAAUGAGUCGACCUCUAGUUAGGCACUCAAAGAGAUAGAGUUUAUAGAAGUCACCCUUUUUUGCAUGCUGCAUGGAC